AUGUCAUCAUCUACAGGAUAUCAACAACAUCACAACAUUGAUUCCUCGUCAUCUGCAGUUUCCGAUUCAGACUACGAUGCCAAUGACGCAUCCUCAUCAUCAACACCACCAAACCCACCAUUGAGAAGAUCGUCAUCACUAUUUUCCCUUUCUUCAAAAGAAGAUAUUCCUAAACCAGAACAAACUGAAUACUUGAAGUUUAUUAAUGACAAUAGACAUUUCAGUUUAUUAAGAAACUUACAUAUGGCUGAUUUUAUCACUUUAUUAAAUGGUUUCAGUGGGUUUUACGCUAUAAUAUCUUGUUUAAGAUAUUCAUUGACUGGCAAUUCCACUUAUGUCCAAAGAGCUCAUUUCUUUAUUGUCUUGGGGUUAUUUUUCGAUUUUUUCGAUGGAAGGGUUGCUAGAUUGAGAAACAAAUCGUCUUUAAUGGGACAAGAAUUGGAUUCAUUGGCCGAUUUAGUCAGUUUUGGAGUUUCACCAGCAACAAUUGCCUUUGCUAUUGGGUUCCAGUCAACUAUCGAUGUGUUGUUGUUGACCUUUUGGGUCUUGUGUGGAUUAACUAGAUUAGCCAGAUUUAAUAUCUCGGUCAACAAUAUCCCCAAGGACAAGACUGGGAAAUCACAAUAUUUUGAAGGGUUGCCAAUACCUAGUAACUUAAUUUGGGUUGGAUUAAUGGCAUUUUUGGUUUAUAAAGAUUGGAUCCAUAAGAAUUUGCCUUUAGGCGUAGUAUUUGCCAAUACUCCUUAUGAAUUUCAUUUAUUAGCUUUUGGGUUUGUAUUACAAGGAUGUGCCAAUAUUUCAAAAUCAUUGAAAAUCCCAAAGCCGUAA